AGACACCUCCGGGAUAGAGCAGGCGCCCGGGAGGGCGGGCUGCACCACCCCCACCUGCGGCCACGCGCCGAGUGCCCCGACCGCGUGGGCACAGUCCCCAGCCUCCCGGGGAGGGGCACCCGGGAGAGGGCGGGGCCCCGGGAGGCGGGGUCGUAAGGCUCUCGGAGGCUAAAGCCGCGCCCGGAGCCUGGCUGGGAGGCGGCGGGAGGGGCCGGGACGGCCGGAGUGAGCGGCGGCCGCAGCUGCAGCUGGACGGCCCGCGGGCGGCUCGGGCCGCGCGCCUGGAACCUCGCGGGGCGGGCGGGCGCGGUACCCCCUGCCUGGCCGCCUGCACCCGGGGGAGGCGGCCCACGCGCGACGGGACCAGCAGCAUGAGCAGCGGCUACAGCAGCCUGGAGGAGGACUCCGAGGACUUUUUCUUCACCGCCAGGACCUCCUUUUUCAGGAGAGCGCCCCAGGGCAAGCCGCGCGCCGGCCAGCAAGAUGUGGAGAAAGAGAAGGAAACCCACAAUUACCUCAGCAAAGAGGAAAUCAAAGAGAAAGUUCACAAAUACAACUUAGCAGUCACAGACAAGUUGAAGAUGACCUUGAACUCAAAUGGGAUUUACACUGGCUUCAUUAAAGUCCAGAUGGAACUCUGCACCCCACAGACUUCUCCGAGCCUUGGAAAGCUUGCUCCCAGUAGCAAUGGCUGUACGAACACGCUUCACAUCAGCAGCACGAACACCGUGGGGGAAGUGAUCGAGGCCCUGCUCAAGAAGUUUCUCGUGACCGAGAGCCCUGCCAAGUUUGCACUUUAUAAGCGUUGUCACAGGGAAGACCAAGUCUAUGCCUGUAAGCUCUCAGACCGGGAACAUCCGCUCUACCUGCGUUUGGUGGCUGGGCCCAGGACAGACACCCUUAGUUUUGUUCUUCGUGAGCACGAAAUCGGAGAGUGGGAAGCCUUCAGCCUUCCAGAACUACAGAAUUUCUUGCGGAUCUUGGACAAGGAGGAAGAUGAGCAGCUGCAGAGCCUGAAGAGGCGCUACGCAGCCUACAGACACAAGCUGGAAGAAGCCCUCAGUGAGGUGUGGAAACCCGAUUAAGGCACCGGGUUCCCUGCCGCUCGGGAAGGAAAGGCGCAGGACCUGUGUACAAACCGACGCAAGGGUCUCUCUCGUCGGAGGGCUGUCUUCUUGCCCCGUGACGCUAGGGUCUUCCCUCUUCGAUCGCUAGAUCUAGUUCCCAAAACCUGGUCACGCAGCGUCCCUCACCUUAGGCAUCUUCUGUCAGGGAUUCUGCAAGCUUGUUCUGUUACGGCACUGCGGUGUUACCUCUCGGCAAGCUGUGAAUCUGUAGUCUCAUCUGGAGCCAUCCAGACUGCUUUGAAGCACGGACUCUGGGGUUUUUGUUUUUGUUUUUAAGUCCUUACUUUCCUUUAGUUACUUUAAUUGUGUGAUGAUGCUGUUAAGCCGAAGGAUGUGCAAAUGAUUUUUUAAAGGCUUAACGAGGAAUCUAUCUGAACACUUGUCCUGUGUUGAAACUACCUGUUUUUUGUUUUUUGUUUGUUUUUUUGUUUGUGUUUUGUUUUUAGAUGUCAGAGGAAGCAAUCCAUGUGAACUGUAAGGCACAGGAAGCUAGGAACUCUGAGGACUUUGUGAAGGGUUUCGUAGGAGUUUGACAAAGGAAGUGAAGAGCAAGUUUGCAAGAAGGCGACAGUGGAAGUUGGGGAGCUCUGCAGGAAUGUGGUUUGGGUGAGGCGUUGAUGGUAGGGGAGAAAGGUGUAUUUGCUGAUGAGGUGGACGCAUUCGGUUUUGAGAUGUUAAACCCAUUGUAGUAUUGCUUGAUUACCUGGUGAGUAAAAUAUGGGAACAGAGCCAAAGAAAGUAGCAGCUAGACCAAAAGGAGGGACCUGGGAAGUCUGCAGCUGAGCAGAACAUUCCGGCAGGUGGACCUCGCAGACCCAUACAUACAGGAGUCACGCCGCUGGGGCUGCCCUCCCUGUGGACGGUCCCAGUGCUCUCUUCUCAGGGUGGUGGGACAAUGACCGUUUGCUAACUCUGUUAUGUUGUGGUCCUCCCCCCACCCCCGCCCCCGCCCCCCAGCUGUUUUCUGGAUUGAAAAGGAGUCUGGGUAGGGAGCGGCUUGUCAGGUAGAGAGCUCGCAGAAGCAUACUUUUGUGACAAUCACUCCCCUCUUUUCCCCCAUUUUCCCCUUUUCCUCCCCUUCCCCUCCCUCCCUUCCUCCUUCUCCGUCUCCCCUCUUUUCCUUCCUCCUUCCUCUUACAGUCUGUUCUGACAUAAGGUAGAAUCGGGAUAUGGAUUGUAUAGAUAGACCCUAGGACUACUUGGCUGUAGGGAGGAGGGUGGCGAGAAAGGGAGGGACCCCCCCCACCCCCACCCCCACCCCCACCCCUCACCGCCCCGCAGCUGAUCACACAAGAGGGGUUCUUUCUGGAAAUGCUUUCACAAACGUGCGUGUUCCUCCCAACCAAAGAAAGGCAUGUGCAAUAGGAGCCUUCCUGAAAGCAGGUAAAAUAACCCCAUUCUUUUUUCAGCAAUCUGAAAACAAUGGGAAAGGUGUGCUUUGGUUCUAGAGGGAGCCUUGUGGUCUAUUUUAGUCUAGAUAUGUUUUGUUUAUAAAUUCCCAAGGAAUUGUCAACACUUUGGUGACACCUAAUGGAUUCUUUUUGAAAUUCCAAGGUGCUUCAUUUCUUUGCCUCUUACGUGAACUGUGCCUUUUAUCGCAUUUCUGUUCCCCUCUUGGUGUGGCACUUCUGACUUUUCAGAGCACACCCAUCUUGUUGGAGGCAGGUGUAAGUGGCGGUCAUGCCGUGCCACACACGUUACUGCGACAAUCGUAUCUUCCUAAGCUUUUUAAGGAGAGUUGGGGGGUGGGGUGGGGAAGUAGAACUAGCUAUAAAAUAUGUAUGGCACAACUUGUUUAAUUUUGCAUGUAACUUCUUUUUAGUGCCUCGAUGAGGUUUUAGUGACAUUGUCAUCUAAUACUUUACCUUUUUUGUUCAGGGAAUGCCUUCGUGAUUUUUAUACUGGUUUUACUAUUCAAGACUGUGGCUUGGGUUUGAGCGUACUGUUAUCAACCACCUGGUCUUCUAUUCGCCCAUCCAGUAAGCUUAUAUUUUGUGAAGCUUUUGUUUCUCCGAUUAAGACACUGUUAGAACCUGAAGUAGUAGCUGAUGGCUAUCUGUGAAGGAAAAAAAAAAAAAACAACUUUUUUUUUUUUUUUUUUUUGUACUUGAACUAGAUUGUCUAAAAUAGGCAUCCUCAUCCGCAGUACCCAGAACCUCGCUCACUGUUGUGUGCACUACAAUUUGCAAUUUGGAAAAGUUGCUGUAUUGAAAUUCUGUCAGUACGCAGUUCUUUGAAUACUGAUGUUCUCUCCCAAACACUGGUUACCGCAGCAGCGUUUUUCAUGGGCGAAAGAAGAAAGGCCACUAAGGCCAAAGAUUUUUAAAAAUCAUUGUACAAAUUCUUACGUUAAAUUAAACUAAUAAGCUUUGCUGUAAUACUGUUUUCUCUUCAGUAUGUGAUGGUACAGGAAUGUUGUUAAAUGAAGGGCGUAGUGUUGCAGGGGAGCAUUUUAAAUCGCAGAAGUAAAAAGUUAUAAUAUUUAUAAUUUUGAUGAGUUUAUUUUUAUAGGGAAGAUUUUUCUUCCCUACAGUUGUUUCUGGAAUGGCAAAUUGUUUCCAUUAUUAAAAGUCGAAGUUGUU